ACUGAUUCUAAUACAGUCCAAGACGCUAGCACUUCAAUUUUGUCGGAUUCGAUUCGAUUGCAUCCUUUCAGUAUUGUUCUAUUAGUUUUCCCAAAACUUUUGGUCAUUGUUUGAAGAUCAUGGCCUCAACAAUCUUGAUGCACUCGAUCCCUGUGAGUCCUACGACCACGAUCGACCUUAGUUCCAGGAAAUCUGUUGCGAGAGGACUUUUCCCUGCCAACCAUAGUCCUAGGUUGGCUCCUCGAGGUGGCUUACGCGUGAGAUGUAUGACUGAGGAGAACAAGCCGGAUCUGAACCCAUCCCCGAAAUCAAAGGUUAGCACCAACUUCAGAGAUGUGUUCGCAUUCAGCGGGCCAGCGCCAGAGAGGAUCAAUGGCAGACUCGCCAUGAUUGGCUUUGUGGCGGCCAUUUCGGUUGAACUGUCCAAAGGCCAAGACUUGUUCGCUCAGAUUAGUGAAGGUGGUAUCCCGUGGUUCAUAGGGACAAGCGUUCUGCUCUCGGUCGCAUCUCUCGUUCCGCUGUUUCAAGGUGUCACGGCCGAGUCCAAAUCGGAUGGGUUGAUGACUUCCGAUGCUGAGUUGUGGAAUGGAAGGUUGGCGAUGUUAGGACUGGUCGCACUAGCCUUCACUGAGUACGUCAAGGGAGGAACACUUGUGUAGGGUUCAGAAUGUAAUCCUCAGAAGCCAAUAAAGGGAACCAUAAUCUUAAUACAAAGAUUGGGCACUAUACCUUCUUGG